AUGGGUGACACCAAUGAUUAUCUUCUUCGUAAUCGUGAUGGAAAAUGGACAUCGUAUUCAUUAUGCUUGAUCAUUUCUUGUGCUCUAUGUGCUCUUGGUGUUAUAGCAGUAGUUAUUGUACUUGCCCUUCUUCCCAUCUAUCUCAAGGACAAAGGAGAGGAUAUGGAAACUACUACAAACAAGGCAUUGUUUGAAGUGAAUUAUAAUACGCCUAUGGUCGUUUCAUCAACCACGGAAGUGACCGACUUGGAUUCUUUGAGUAACGAGAUGAAUAAGGCAUUGGAUGUCAGCGAAAUCAGAAUUAGUUUUGCUCAAUUGAUCUCAACAUCUAGUGGAAAAAAGAAAAGACGCGAAACAAAAAAAUGUGAAAAUAACGAAAACGCCAAUGCCAAUGUUUUUGUUAUUCAAUUCUACACCGACUUUUCAAAAACAUGCCGAACAUCAAAAUGCCAACAAGAUACUAUUAACAAAAUUACUUUACAUGUUCGAACACGUUUAACACAAAUUACAAUUUCAACUUCACUAGCAAAUGGUGCCAGUGUCACACUUUCGUUAUCGUUUUGCUCAAUGAUACGAAUCACUGGCGAUCCAGUUGCAACUUGUUAUGAUAAUAUCCAAAAUCAAAAUGAGACUGGUACAGACUGUGGUGGUAUAUGUGCACCAGAACGACAAUGUACAGAUGGAUCAAGUUGCGUUGUGGCUAAUGACUGUACCGGCAAUGUUUGUGCAUCAAGCAUUUGCUUACCUGCAAAUUGUGGAAAUGGUCUAAAGGAUAGCAAUGAAACAGGAGUAGACUGUGGGGCAGUGUGUGCAGCUGGGAAAAAAUGUUCAGCUUAUGCCGGUUGUCAAAGAGCAUUUGACUGCACAAGUGCUGUUUGUGCGUCUGGCGUCUGCUUGCCCACCACCUGUAAUAACAAUGUACAAGAUCUUAGUGAAACUGGAGUAGAUUGUGGUGGAUCUUGUGCACUUGGAAAGAAAUGUGUUGAUGGUGGACGGUGCAACGUAUCUACAGAUUGUAGCAGUAAUCUAUGCGUCUCACAGGUUUGCUUACCAACGCAAUGCGCUAAUGGUGUACAAGAUAACGGCGAAACAGGAACAGACUGCGGAGGACCAUGUGCAGUCGGAAAAAAAUGUGCUGACGGAGGACGAUGCACUGUAAAUGCUGACUGUACCAGCAACGUAUGCUCUAUACAACUGUGCUUACCACGUCAGUGUGGUAAUGGUGUUCAAGACAAUGGUGAGACCGGAACAGACUGUGGAGGACCAUGUGCAGCCGGAAAGAAAUGUGCUGAUGCAUCGCAGUGUACUGUACCUGCUGAUUGUAGCAGUAAUCUAUGUGUUUCGCAACUUUGUCUACCAAGCAAAUGUGCUAAUGGUGUUCAAGACAACGGUGAAACUGGAGUGGAUUGUGGAGGACCAUGUGCAGCCGGAAAGAAAUGUGCUGACGCAUCGCAGUGUACUGUGUCUGCUGAUUGUAACAGUAACGUGUGCGCUACACAAAUUUGCCUACCGAGUCAAUGUGGUAAUGGUGUUCAAGAUAGUGGCGAGACGGGAACAGAUUGCGGAGGACCAUGUGCAGCUGGAAAAAAGUGUGCUGACGCAUCGCAGUGUACUGUACCUGCUGAUUGCAGCAGUAACGUGUGCGCUACACAAAUUUGCCUACGUAAGCGCAUCAUGCUUUGUGAUGAAUUUUGUGGCUGA